GCAGCCCAGAUGUUCAGCUAAAGUUCAAGCAUAUGAAAAUCCAGGGAUGAUUAAAUAAAGGACGAAGCUGAAGCAAGGCUAUGGGCAAAGCACGAAGAUAACGCUUCCACAAUGCUGGCUUCACCGUCACCAUUGAAAACUGCUCUCGCAUCAGAAGUCUUUCUGUGGCCAAAUGAGUCCUCGCUGGCUGUUCCUUCAGACAAAUGUCUGCGUGGUGGUGUGUCUGGGGAUCAGCGCGUCAAGGAACAAGUCAUGAUGACUGUUAAAAGGCAUAAGUCGAGGAGUUCAACUUCAAGUCCAGGUUACAAAAGUUCAAUGUAUGAAACAGUGGCAGAUUAUAACAACAUGAACUACAACAAUAAUGCUAAUCAAUAUUCCAAAUAUCAGAGUGCUAACUCAAUAGGAUAUCAGUACAAUGGAACUCUGAAAAGAGACCAGCAACGGUUUAGUUCUUAUAGUCAAGCAGACAAUUGGGGUCAGCACCGCCACAUGUCUUAUGCGUCACCUCUUAGUCCAGGCAGUGAUUUUGACUACAAGCAAACCCUUAAAAGUAGCCGAAGCGAGCCAGACCUGACAGGACCUGAUGUAAGGGCUACACUAAGACGCCAGAAUCAGUAUAAUCAAAUGCAGAACCAACACCACCAGCAACAACGUCCUGGAAGAGCUCACAAUUCCAGCUUUUACAGUUACCACAGCACUCAGCAGAAGAAGCGAGGGCCCAUGACACCAGCACGAACUCCAUCUUCACUUUCAACUGUGCAACAGCAGCAGCAGCAGCAACAGCAGCAGCACUGUUAUUACACAAAUGCACAAAGAAAUGAGUCAAACUUCCAAAACUUCAAUAUUCCAAAACAAGACAAUUACGGGACCAUAAAUGUACCAUCCAGGAUGGAUACAAGAGAUGAAUUUGAUGCAGGGGGUAUGACCUUAGAUCGAGCAGUGGAACUACUAGGAUACCCUGAUGACAAAUUUCAGAUGUCAGGAGCUAAUUACAUACAACAUGCAUGUUUUCAGGAUGAGAAUGCCAAGAAUCUGGUUUACCAGAGCAAUGGAAUAUCUAAGCUAAUUAACCUUCUCCAAAGCCCCAAUGAAAAUGUGCAGCAAGCAACAGCAGGAGCUCUAAGAAAUCUAGUUUUCAAAAAUUCUGCAAAUAAACUUGAAACAAGUCAGAAGGGAGGCACAAGAGAGGCUGUCUCACUCCUAAAGAGGACCUCUCACCCAGAUAUUCAAAAGCAACUUACAGGCUUGCUGUGGAAUUUGUCUUCUUCGGAUCAGCUUAAAGAUGAACUGGUUAAAGAAGCUCUUCCUGUUCUUAAUGAACGUGUGGUGAUUCCAUAUUCUGGAUGGUCUGAACGUUCCAUGUCUAAUCAGAAUUGUAUGCUAGAUCCCGAAGUCUUUUUUAAUGCCACUGGCUGUUUAAGGAACCUAAGCUCUGCCGAUGUUGGUCGCAAAGCUAUGCGCAACUGCCCAGGUCUUGUGGACUCUUUGAUGUUUUACAUUCAAAAAUGUUUGGCUAAUAAAUGCCCUGAUGACAAGUCAGUAGAGAAUUGUGCUUGUAUCCUACACAAUCUGUCUUACCACUUGGACUCUGAAGUACCAAAUAAAUACUCUCAGCUGGAUGAGCAAAUGUAUCGUCUCCAGCAAAAUGAUAAGACCACUACUGGCUGCUUCAGCAACAAGAGUGAAAAGCUGCAGAAUAAUAACUUUCAGCUGCCUCUACCAGAAGAAGAUGCUAACCCUAAGGGUGCCGCACUUCUGUCUCACUCCAGUGCUAUUCGUACAUACCUUUCUCUACUGGAACAGAGUAAGAAGGACUCAACACUUGAAGCUUGUGCUGGAGCACUCCAAAAUCUUACAGCCAGCAAAGGGCAGAUGUCCAAUGGGAUGAGUCAAAUCAUUGGGUUAAAAGACAAGGGUAUUCCCCAAAUUACUCGCCUUUUGCAGUCAGGAAAUGCUGAUGUUGUGAAGGCAGGAAGCUCUUUACUCAGCAACAUGUCCCGUCAUCCAUCUCUUCACAAAACCAUGGCUACCCAGGCUCUUCCUGAUGUUUCACGAAUCCUCUCUCAGUCUUCUGGAAAAACAAUGAACUCUGAAGAUAUUCUGUCCUCUGCUUGUUACACAAUGAGAAACCUUGCCAUGGCAGAACCACAGAUAGCCAAACAAAAUAUUUCAGGCAACCUCCUGGGAAACUUAGUCAACAUGUGUAAAAGUGGAGCCUCUCCUAAGGUUGGAGAAGCAGCUCGUGUCUUCUUGACAGACAUGUGGGCUCAGAGGGAACUGCAGGGAUUUCUUAAACAGCAAGGUCUUGACAAGAGUAUAAUGGGAUCCCUAGCAAGCACUGCCCUCAGGAAUACUAUACCACGGGUCUUUUAAUUUAUACUGACAAAAACUUUUAGAAUUCAAGCCUGUAUGAGAAACUCAUCCAUACUCAACAAGAAUUUGAUUCUUAGCAGAGGAGGAUAAAAUUGAGAUACAGGUAUAGGAUCUAUUAUCCAGAACGCCUGGGACCAAGGAUUUCUUUGGAUAAGGGAUCUUUCCAUAAUUUGGAUCUCCAUACCUUAUAUCUGAAAUUCAUGUAAACAUUAAAUAAACCCAGUAGGAUUGGUUUGCCACCAAUAAGGAUUCAUGCAGCUU